AGAGAGAACCUUUGGACCCCUUUAAUUAGCUGCAAUUCUGCAUGCAUAUAAAUUGCCAAUUUCACUAUCCACAACACACACACACAUCAAAUUUGAUCGUUAAAACAGACACACAUGGAGUUCAACGAAAUCUCACCCCAGAUAUUCGCAGCAAACAAGAAUUUCUCAAUUUAUACGCAUCUCUACACCCAUUUUCCUUCGUAGUUAUUGUUUUUGUUACCAAUCAUAAAAUCAUUGGUAGAAUUAAUGGAUUCGUGAAGAAGAUUAUUCUAAUUUUCCUUCCCUUUAAAAAAAAAAAAUUACUUGCAAAUUGCGUGAAAUCCUUAUUUCAAUGUGUUGAAUUAUAAUGUAUGUUGCAUUGAAAAAUAUAAUAUGUAUGUCACGUUUCAAAAGAUACAAUUUGGGAAAAAAGGCUUAGUUUUAAUGGAAGACUUCACCAAAAACUGAGCUCUCAACUUCAGUAAAAUAAGCAAAGUUCGUUGAGAUAUGGCAAUCUCUACAGCGAAAGUCAGAUUGACCUUUUCAUAUCAAACGCAAAAUUAAAAAAUUGGAGUAUUUUCCUCUGUUUAUAGACAUAAAAGAAGCAUUCACCACUCUCACAUUUUGUUUUUGCAGGUCCUAAUUCAUCCAAAAAUGGUGCAUUUGUUGCUGUUUUACUUCUUGUUUGCGGCUGCAGAGGCAGAGCAUCUCACAUACAAUGACCCUCAGCAGCCAUUAGACGCAAGAAUCAAUGAUUUGAUGAGUCGAAUGACACUCGCGGAAAAAAUAGGGCAGAUGACACAGAUUUCAAAAGGAGUAGCAUCACCUGAGAUCAUCAAGAAGCACCACAUUGGCAGCAUCUUGAUCACUCCAGGAGGCGAGCCGUCUCCACAUGCCUCAGCAGAGGCAUGGAUGGAUAUGGCAGACAGUCUUCAAGAGGGCUCCCUCUCUGAUCGCCUCGGGAUCCCUCUCAUCAUAGGCGUCGACGCAAUUCACGGCCACAACAACGCCUACAACGCCACCAUCUUCCCCCAUAAUGUUGGCCUUGGAGCUACUAGGGACCCGCGGCUCGUGGAGAGGAUCGGAGCUGCAACUGCUCUCGAAGUUAGGGCUACCGGGAUCCCCUACACGUUUGCACCUUGCAUCGCGGUUUGUCGUGAUCCGAGGUGGGGCCGUUGCUACGAGAGCUACAGCGAGGAUCACAGGAUCGUGCAGGAGAUGACCGAGAUCAUACCUGGUUUGCAGGGCCGCCUGCCAGCUGAGCAUCAAAGAAACUUCCCUUACGUGAAUGGAAGGGGUAAGAUUGCGGCGUGUGCCAAGCACUUCGUGGGGGAUGGAGGAACAAUUGAUGGGAUUGAUGAGUACAACACUGUGAUAGACUGGGAUGGCCUCAGGAGCAUCCACAUGCCUGCGUAUCUCGACUCCAUUAGAAAGGGCGUCGCCACAAUCAUGAUCUCGUAUUCCAGUUGGAAUGGCAAGAAGAUGCAUACCAACUAUGAUCUCAUCACUGGUUACCUCAAGAACAAGCUCAAGUUCAAAGGAUUUGUGAUCUCAGAUUCGGAGGGGCUUGAUCGCAUCACAACUCCACCGCGUGCUAACUACACCUACUCUGUUGAAGCUUCUAUUCAUGCAGGAAUAGACAUGGUGAUGGUUCCCUACACGUACCUCGAGUUCAUCGAGGAGCUGACUAAUCUGGUGAAGAAAGGGGUGAUCUCAAUGAGCAGGAUUGAUGAUGCUGUUGAGAGGAUUCUGAGAGUCAAGUUCAUCAUGGGCCUAUUUGAGCAGCCAUUGUCUGAUCGUACGAUGUUGAGGCAUCUAGGAAGCCAGGAGCACAGACAGCUAGCUCGAGAAGCUGUGAGGAAAUCACUAGUGCUGUUGAAGAAUGGUAAGGAUGGAAGCAGGCCUCUGCUUCCUCUGCCAAGGAGAGCACGGAAGGUGCUCGUUGCAGGCAGCCACGCAGACGACAUUGGGAGGCAAUGUGGAGGGUGGACUAUGGAUUGGCAAGGCCAAUCUGGUAGCAUCAUAGCAGGUACCACCAUUUUGGGUGGUGUGAGGGAUGCUGUGGACCAAGAAACUGAAGUUGUAUACAUAGAGAAUCCGGAGAAGGCGGUUGUUGCCUCGUCUAACUUCUCCGUGGCGAUAGUGGUAGUGGGGGAGGAGCCUUAUGCAGAAUACGAGGGCGAUAACAAGGAGUUGAGGCUGAGCGAGGGGUGUUAUAGGACGAUCUCUAAGGUGUGUGGGGCUGUGAAGUGUGUAGUGGUGGUUGUGUCGGGUCGGCCCGUUGUGAUGGAGCCGUUUGUCGAGGAGAUGGAUGCGUUGGUGGCUGCUUGGCUCCCGGGGAGUGAGGCUGGGGGUGUGGCUGAUGUUCUGUUUGGUGAGUAUGGUUUUAGUGGCAAGUUGCCGCGUACUUGGUUCAGGCGGGUCGAGCAGCUGCCAAUGAACGAGGGCGACUCGGAUUAUGAUCCGUUGUUCGCGCUCGGAUUCGGGCUCACAACCGUGCCGAGUCAUGGAGUUGGAGUGGCAGCAGAGUGAAUGCAUUUGUGUUUUGAUGUUGUGUGGCUUAGGCUUCUUAUUUUUGUGUUUGGUAUGUGUAAUUAAAUUUGUUGCACUAUAGUAGUAGUGUGACAAUGUUGCAUCUCUACUUUUUAUGAAGAGAGCAACUAAGAAGUUGCUGCACAGCUCUAGUGUUGGCCUUGAUCAUUCUAUGUGCUGCUACAAUUAUCAGCACUUCGUCUCUCUCUCUUUCUCAAGAAAAUUGUGAAUUCCAUGGGUCAAAAGAGGCAUAUAUUUGAAGGCUCGAAAUUUGUUGGGCCGGGCCGACCCAAAUCAAAGUGCCAAUUGGGCUAACUCGUCCCACUCCUCAAUGUCUAUGCAUAAAGUUUUUUUUUU